UCUUUGUUGAGUUUAAAAAGUUUGAUCUUACAAAUCAAACAGUUUGAUAUAUAAUUUCAAACAUUUGGUCCUUCGAGCCGGAUAAGUAGCUCGAGCCAAAAUUGUAAGACCUGUAUGGAUAAAAUACAGGCAACAUGUGUAAAAGUCCUAUUAUAUACGUAUAUAUAGGCAAUAUAAAAGCCCUGUUAUUUACACAGGCAAAUUAAUGCAGAAAUUGUAAGACGGGUUCAUAUUCCCGCAUAUUUAUAUGAUCACAUAAGCCGUUUAGUACGAAACUAAACGCUGUGUAAAACUGUUUAUUUAAAAAAAAAAAUUAUAUAUUCAGCGGCUGUGAAUCGAGGCACAGCAAGGUCAACCAGGCGACCAAAACAAAUUCCUCCAACGAUUUUUUUAAAGAAUAAGAACAGUUUAGUAAAAAAUAUUAAUUAAAAAUGUCGAACACUGCGGACAUGAUAAAAAGGAAAGGCGAUCUACGCGUAGAAGACGCAGAUACAAUGAUAGGCGUUAUAGAGCAGGCAAUUGAAAGAAGAUCGGAAAAAAUUCGAUCUACAAUUGCAGAGGCAAAGCUAAAAAUAAGAGACGGAAUUGACUUCGAAUAUUACGAACACCGUCUCAAGCACUAUUGGAGCUGCAUGGAGGGGGAUAUCGCCAAAUUGGCGAUGAAGUACAACAAGCCACGUAAUGUUUUAGGAUUAGAAGAACUUUUUUUUGAAGUCACCAAUAAUUUGCGUGUAUUGGAGGAGCAAAAGGGAAUCAACUUAAUAAAAACGAAAAAAUUGGAAUUACCAAAUAUAGAAUCGCAAAAAUUCUCAGGGGAAUUCCGAGAAUGGCAAUCAUUCAAAGAGCUCUUCGAGGAGUAUGUCCAUAAUAAUAAGGACAUUAGUAACUCCAAAAAGAUGAGCUAUUUAAAAUCUUGUCUUCAAGGAGAUGCUAGACUAAUGGUUAGUCACCUGAUAACGGGAUCAGGUGCAAAUUACAACACUGCUUGGGAAUUACUGGCACGCAGAUAUGAUAACGUACGCAAACAAUUUAAUGACAAUAUCGAAAAGCAAUGCGUUGAUGAUAUUCGCAAGCCGCGCGUAGAAGACAUUACCUUUGACAAGCUGCGCGUGGAAGAUAUAACCUUCAAGAAACUUCGCGUAGAUAAUAUAUCUAAAGAAGACAAGCUGCGCGUAGAUGAAAUUACUUUUGAGGAGCAAGGCAUAUUUAACGAUGUGAACAAUAAAAUGUCUCCUGUGGGAAUUGAGGAGAAUGCAAAAGAUGAAAUAAAAUAUCUUGCAGAAAGAGAUGUUGAAGUUGAUGAGACAACAGAAGAGCACGACUUAAUGGUAGCUAACAAGAAGUCGACAACUAAUCAAAAACCAUGGAUCCUGGCAGAAACGAAGAAAACUAAAGAGGGGGUUAAAGCAAGCACCUCCUCAAUUAACGAAAGUAAAAUCAAUGACAAAACAAAAGAGCAAAAGGAAUCUUGGAGAGCUACCACGAGAAGAGAGGACGUUAACAGGUAUUUUAUUCCCCGAGAGAGUCCUCUCUUCGGAGGAAGUAGAGAGGCUGGUUAUCUUUUUACAGAUGAAAGAAUGGAUCUGGAACCGCCUGAUGAAGAGCCAAAUGAAGACAACACAAUUAAAGUCGUUGAAGAUGGUCCAGAGGGGGAAGAGGAUAAUGCAGGCGAAUCGAAUGAGGAAUCGGUAAAUAUAACUAUUGGUGAAGACGAACAAAAACUUUUGCAUGAUAAGGCAUCUGAUGAAAAAGAAAAAUGCACCGAUGUAGGAGGUGAUACUACCGGCAAGAAUUCAGCGCAAAAGAGUACAAAAACGGUUGCAGCUUUGGAUGACACAGGAACAUCCAAGGGUGGAUCCAGAAGCAGUAAAUGCAGCAAGUUUGAUGACGAUAAAACAAAAAAAGAUGAAGACAAGAAGAUACGAGACACAACUUCUAAGACGAGAGACGACAAACGUAAAACUAUUGAUACAAGGAACGAUGCAUCAAAGAAACCUGAAGUGGAGAAGGAUAAGCAACGCGAUAAAGAAAAGGAGAAGGACUAUAAUAAAAGAGACAUAAAAGUAAAUGAAACUAUUGAAAUAGCCGAAAUAGAUCCAGUUGGAAAAGCGGAUGUAGUAACAACCAUUUGGGAGUUACUAAUACCAUGGCAGCUUGCGUUAAAACAAACGGACAAGCUAAAAACCAAACGACGACUACAAACUGCAAUCAUUUUCCCAGCAGUCACUUUUGCCGCCCGGGAGAAUGUUCAAAAUUGAACAUGUUCGUUGCUGCCAAAGCACGGACAACAAUAUUACAUUUAAGUCUUUUAUAUAUAUUUCAAUGUUAAAUAAGAUAAGCUAUUAUAAUCAUACAGUCCACUAGUAAUAGAUAUCUAUGUUCAAAUAUAUUGAACAUACAUACACAUAUACAUAAAAUAAACACAUAAAAAUGUAUGCAUUGAUAUGCAGCAUACAAACAUAUAUGAGGCACGCAUGCAUUAAUAUGUGACACGCAUGCACUCAAGAAAUAUCUAAUAAACAUACAUAUUUACUUAGGUUUGGGCAAUUGAUUAGAAAUGCACAUGUGCACUUGAAAACAACCCAAACCAAGCAAUAUAAAUUAUACUUCUAUGACAGCACACACACACACACAUGUAUUGUAUUGUAUAGUUAAAAACAACCCCAAGUGGUGUGCUGUAAAUAUAUGUAUAUAUAUUUAAUUAGAUAAGUUAGACUUUUAAAAUAGUAUAUAAGGUUUCCAAAUUUAUAAAUAAAAUCAGAAUGAAAUAUUCUCAGCUCGA